AAAUACUCUGAGAUCAGAUUGUGGAAGAUAAGGCGAGGAAGAGUUGCCUACGUGGCAUAACAAGAGCCAAUAAUUGAACACCAUGUAGGACCCAACUCGAUUUUCAGCAUACGUGGCAUGCAAUGGCGCUUCAUUAUUAUUACUACUUCGGAGAACGGUGAAGCAAUGUUUGGCUAAGUAUCUGGCCAUGGCUGCAGCUUCAGCUUCUGCGUCUCUUAUUUUACCUUCUUCGUUCAAAUUCAGAAGCCAUAACCCUCAAACACCCAAAUCCAUCGUUCUCCGUUCACAUCGCCGCCACUACAGCUUCGGAGUCUCUGCUUCCGCUUCGGUUUCGGUCUCUAACCCUAACUUGCGAACCGGCCCUCAUGAUCUUGUUGCUUCCAUUCUUUCCAAGGUGGUGCAAACAGAUGGAGGUGUUUUACUGAAAAAGGAACAACAUAAAGAGGUGGCUGAAGUGGCUCAGGAGUUGCAGAAGUAUUGCGUGAAUGAGCCAGUGAAAUGCCCUUUAAUAUUUGGAGAAUGGGAUGUGGUGUACUGUUCACGGCCAACAUCACCUGGAGGUGGUUACAGGAGUGCAUUUGGGCGCCUUUUCUUUAACACAAAACAAAUGGUUCAAGUUGUUGAAGCUCCUGAUAUUGUGAGAAACAAGGUCUCCCUUUCUGUUUUAGGCUUUCUGGAUGUAGAGGUGUCUUUGAAAGGAAAACUCAAGGUUUUGGACAGUGAAUGGAUUCAAGUUAUAUUUGAAGCGCCUGAAUUGAAGCUUGGAUCAUGGAAGGUCCAAUAUGGUGGUCAGAGUGAAGUUAGACUCAAAAUCACUUAUGUGGAUGAGAAAAUCAGGUUAGGAUUGGGUUCCAAAGGUUCCUUGUUUGUUUUUCAAAGAAUAUGAUAUCGAAAUGCAAUAAAAAAAAUUUCCCUUCAGGAAAAAUCUGACAAGUUUGUAACUUGGCACUGCGCACAUUUUCAUGUAUAAUGAUAUGAUUAUGAGUGUGCAUGAGUAGGAUAUUGAGAAGAAAAACUUUCCGCGCUGCUCUUUGGCUGCAGAGUUUGUCUUAAAAUGGGCUAGUGUGUUAUAAGCUGCAAUGUAGUGUAAUUAACUAGUUACUGAGACAAUCUUUCCACUUUUUCCCCUGAAGUUCAGCUUAUUUUAGUUGCUGAAAUUGAUCUCUUCAUUUCAUUUAUGACAGUAGCAAAGAUAAAUGCUGACAAUACAUUUCACUAAAAUUUCUGAAUCUUACAUGUUAUUUGAG